AUGUCCAACCCAGGUGUUCUGAUGGAGGAUGAUGAGCAUGCAGCCAUCAAGGUGGGAGGGAUAAAAUUCGAGGAUCACCGGCAGCAGCAGCCACGGCAGCAGCAGCAGCCCGCCAACAGCAGCGGUACGACUGCCAAGGCAGAAGGACUCAGGGACGAGGAUACCACAAUGUCGCCGCAGCCACCGCGUAGCGAAGACACGGGCACGGGCACGGAUACGCCAAACUCGCAGAAACCGCCACGGUCGUCGCGCAGCAAAUCGUCGCAAAAAACCGAACAGCAACAACCACCGACGCUUUACGACGACCUGCCCGAUUCCACAGAGGACUCGUGCAAAACAUUUCAGGUCAUUACCGAUUGUAUAUACGGGUCCAAGAACCUGGGGUCGACGGAUAACGAUGCGUUUGACUGUGACUGCAGGGAGGAAUGGCGGGACGGAGAGAAUAUCGCAUGCGGCGAAGAUUCGGACUGCAUCAACAGAGCCACCAAGAUGGAAUGCAGCUCAACGGGCAACUGCAGUAACGGCUGCCACAACCAGCGAUUCCAGGGCAAAGAGUACGCCCGCGUCUCGGUCAUCAAGACGGAGAAGAAGGGAUUCGGCCUGCGCAGCGACGCGCAGCUCAGGCCCAACGACUUCAUCUUCGAGUACAUUGGCGAGGUGAUCAACGAGCCAACAUUUCGACGACGGAUGCUGCAGUACGACGACGAGGGUGUCAAGCACUUUUACUUCAUGUCCCUCAGCAAGAGCGAAUUUGUCGACGCCACCAAGAAAGGAAACCUGGGCCGGUUCUGCAACCACUCGUGUAACCCCAACUGCUACGUGGACAAGUGGGUGGUGGGCGAGAAGCUGCGCAUGGGCAUAUUUGCGCUGCGGAGCAUCCGGCCCGGCGAGGAGCUCGUCUUCAACUACAACGUGGACCGGUACGGCGCCAAGCCCCAGCCGUGCUACUGCGGCGAGCCCAACUGCAUCGGCUUCAUCGGCGGCAAGACGCAGACGGAGCGCGCGACCAAGCUGCCGCUUGGCACGGUCGAGGCACUGGGCAUCGGCGCCGGCGACGGGUGGGAUACCUCGGUGGCCAAGAAGCCGCGGAAGAAGCGCGCCGACGAGGAUGACGAGGAGUACGUGGGCAGUAUCCAGCCGCGCAGCCUGGACGAGGAGGAUGCCCGCAAGGUCAUGGCCACCCUCAUGCAGUGCAAGGAGAAGUGGAUCGCCGUCAAGCUGCUGGAGCGCAUCCAGAGGUGCGACGAGGAGCGCGUGAUUCACUGCGUUAUGCGCAUGCACGCCUACCAGAUCCUCAAGACGGUGCUCAACACGUUUCACGAGGACGAGAACGUGGUUAUGCAGGUCCUCUCCAUCCUGGACAAGUUCCCCCGCCUCACGCGCAACAAGAUCCAGGACUCCAAGAUCGACGCCGCCAUCGAGCCCCUCACCCAGUCGGCCCAUGAAAAAGUCUCGUCUACCGCACAGAAGCUCCUGAGCGACUGGAGCAAGCUCGAAGUGGCGUACCGCAUCCGCCGGCGCCAGGUCGACCCGGCCAACGCGUCCGUGCCGUCGGUGAAUGCGUUUGACGACCGACGGGGUGCCGUUGCCAGGGCAGAGGAGCCGGCGCCGGCCACCCCGACAGCGGUGAUCGAUACGCCCAGGGGCCCCAGGGGAAGUCAACCGCAGAGGAUCGGCAAUGCCCCUGGCCACCCCAACAACCACCACGGCUUCGCGUCGCGUCCAAGACACCAGCGACCUGCACAGCACCAACAACAGCAGCAUCAUCAGCACCAGGGUAACCUCCUACCAGCGGGGUGGUCGGCAGCGAAAGACGCAAUGGGCAAGACGUACUUUUAUGACAGGCACAACAACACAACCUGGUCGAGACCCACGAACCCUUCUGCCGGCGCAUUCGCGCCGGCUGCAGAGCCGGCGGCCAACAAGGCUAUGCAGGAGGAGAUCAUGAUCAAGAACAUUAUCAAGAGGGUCACUCAGGAGGGGAGCAAUACGCCCAAGGCUGCGGGGCAGACACCGCCUACAGAGGACGCCGCUGCCAGCCGUGCGUCUCCAAGGGAGGUCAAGGAGUCCAGGCAGGACAGGUGGAGAUCGAUGCCUGUUGAGAAGCAGAUGAAAAUUUACGAGAAUACGAUAUUCCCUGCAAUCAAACCCGUACUGGACAAGUUCCAUAACAAGCUCCCAAAGGACGAACUUAAACGCCUGGGAAAGGACAUGGCAAAGAAGCUCGUGGCCUCGGACUACAAGAACAACCGAGUCGAAGACCCCAACACGCCCCUCUCGGAGAAACAAGCGGCCAAGAUCAAGAAGUACGCCAGGGACUUCCUGGACAAGGCUGUCGUCAAGUUCAACGAGCAUCAAGGGAAGAAGUCUGCGGGAGCCGUUCCGCAGGGCGGACACCCGAGGAGCAGCAGCAGCAGCAGCAACAAGGGUGCUGCUGCAGUGCCGGAGUCAUCCGCUACACCAGGGGGAGGGUCGACACCAUCCGACAUGGACCGUAAAAGGAAGAGGGAAGUCGAAGAUGGCGCUGUCGAAUCAUGUACCACCACGACCAACACUACACCUCACGACGGUCAGGAUAACACCAAGGCCAAUGGGGGGGAUGUGAGGGAUGUGAAGAGGGCCAGAGAAGAGGAGCAAGAGACGGCAGCGGCGGCGGCGGCGGCGGCGGCGGCGGCAUCGAUACCACCGCCGCCACCGCCGCCAGAGGAGAAGGGAGGCGGAGAGCUGAGAGAGCAAGAGGAAGAGUUGAUGAGGGAGAAUGAGGAGGCUACGAGACUAGAAGAGGCCAACAAGGUUGGAGUUGAGGCUGUGAUGAGCCAUUAA